AUGUCGGGUGUUUUGCAGCAUCAGCAUCAGGCUAUGGCCACUGCUUCAGAUAUGCUAUUUAACCUCAAGGAACUUUUUGGAGAUCAGAAUAGGGCUUCUAGGGAUCAUGUUCUCAAGAUGAUGUCACAUCUGAAUGAGAUAGAGAUCCUUGGUGCUGAGCUUGACGGGGAAUCCCAGAUUAACAUUAUCCUUAUGAGCUUGCCCAAGAGUUUUGAGCAGUUCCGCUUGAAUUACAACAUGAACAAGAGGCAGUAUAGUCUUGCGGAACUGCUCACAGAACUUCAGGCAGCUGAAGGAUUAUUUCGGCAGAGUGUUCAGGUGAAUGUGGCUGAGAAAGGUUCUUCCUCUAAGCCGAAAGGCAAUAAGAAGAAGAAAAAGGCUCACACACAGACACAGAAAGCUGUGAAGGCAUUGGGAGUUCUAGGUGGUGUGAAAAAGCCUAAGGGAAAGUGCUGCCGGUGCAAGCAGUUGGGUCACUGGAAACAUGUUAGGUCCUUAUUCAAGGAUAAUUAA